GGUUGACGACCUGGUGUUUGCUGUCCUCGAUGAAGAUUGAGAGGCGGCAUGGGCUGAUGGUUUCGAGGUGGGUGUCUUCAUUGACGUCAAGCAGCUGCCAGUCCUCCGCAGCUCAAAAGUAUCCGAAUUCAAUCUCUAUGUCCUUCUCUUCGUCUUGUUCGUGACUGAAUUAACGAGAAUCUGAUGCAUGCAACCGACGGGCAUCUCUCUCUCCAACGAUUCAUACCUGAUCUCUUUCUGGGGCUCCACCUCCAAGCCAGCAUCGACGGGACCAACUCCCACAUUGAGCCCCACUCUGAAGGCUCCCCUGUCAUACUCCUUCUCAGCUCUCUUGAGCUGCUUCUUAACCUUCUGUAUAUCGCCCACAGGUACAAGCUUCACCUGACAGAAGGCACGCCCACUGUCCCAGCGGAACGGUUACCCCCGGCUUCGCUUACCGAUGCGGCGCUGUUGGUCUUGUUGAGGAUGCGGAGCGCGGAUUUUCUGGCGAUUGGCGUGUCCGAAGCCAUUUCGA